GGUUGUUGGUAGAUUUAUGAGUUUAUGUAAUUUGGGUUUUGAUCAGACUUUGAUCUUCGUCUAAGUAUCAUUGUGUAUAAUGAGGGCCUGUUAGUCUUUGCCCAUUUUGAAGAAGUUCAUCUGUUUUAAGAGUGUUAUAGGUGUUACAAAUUGCAUUUGUUUGAAGUUAGUUUUGGGCUAGGGGCAGAUAUCUGGUUUCUUUCUACCUUUGUUGUUCUUGCUGGGGGGGGGGGGGGGGGUAUGGAGUUGGGUGACAAGGACAAAUUUGGCUUGGAGAAGAGGAGUGGGGAUUCAAUGAACUAUCAUUCAUCUAAUGUGUCCCCAGAUUGGAGAUUUGGCAGUGCCAAUCUCACGAAUCAGCCAGUUGGUUUGGUUCCUACAGAUAACUCAUUUUCCGUUUGCAAAGGGGACCUAAUGGGUUCCUCGGCUUGUUCAUCAAUGUCCAUGGGAGACUCAUUUUGCCCUAGUCUAUGGGUCCACCCCAAUUCACAGAGCUUGAGCUUCUGCGACAGAAAUGUUCAGACCAGUACGAGCACUGGUCAUGCAAUGGCGAUGAGGGAAGAAGUUCCUGGUUCUUCAAGAGCUGGGAUUGAUAAGGCACUAGAUAUCAGCUGGAAUCCCUCAAUAUCUAAAGCUGGUGCCUUUUUACAAGGAGGUGCUGGUAUUCUUCCUCAGAGCUUAUCUCAAUUUCCUGCUGAUUCUGCUUUCAUUGAGCGAGCUGCCAGGUUCUCAUGGUUCAGUGGUGGGAAUUUUGGUGACAUUGUGAAUCCUUUUGGCAUAUCUGAAUCCUUGAGUUCCUAUUCCAAAGGUGGAGGAACAGUUCAAGGAGCUCCAGAGGACCUCUCAGCUAAUGGUUUGAAACCUGUAAUAGGAGCCCAAGUUCAGAACAAUGAGCUGAACAUGCCUGAAGUUUCAAAAGAUGUUUCCCUGUCUGCUGAGCAUGGGGCAGCUGAAGGGAGUCCAAAUAAGAACAAUAGAAAAAUUGGGAGUUUUGUGAGGUCUCCUGAUGAAGCAAAACAAGGAAUUGGUGUUUCCAGCAAUGAGACUGAUGAAGCUGAGUUUAGUGGUGGUGGUUUUCAAGAGGAUCCACCGGUGAUGGAGAGUGGUGGUGGAGAACCUUCUUCCUACAAGGGAAUAAGCAGUAGGAAAAGGAAAAAGAGUGUUCAGGACUCUGAUCUGGACCAAGUUAAAGGACCUCAGCAAUUUCCUGGUGAAACUGCAAAGAACACUGACACCAAACAGAAGUGUGACCAAAACCCAGCUUCUACAAGCACAAAGCCUUCUGGGAAACAUGGCAAAGAUAGCUCUCGAGAUGCUGAUUUGAAAGAAGAUUAUAUACAUGUUAGAGCUCGAAGAGGUCAGGCAACAAACAGCCAUAGUCUUGCCGAAAGAGUAAGACGGGAAAAGAUUAGUGAAAGGAUGAAGUUUCUUCAGGAUCUUGUACCUGGUUGCAGCAAGGUUACUGGUAAGGCAGUGAUGUUGGAUGAAAUCAUUAACUAUGUGCAAUCACUGCAAAGACAAGUUGAGUUCCUGUCAAUGAAGCUUGCUGCUGUUAAUCCACGUCUAGAGUUCAACAUAGAAGGGCUCCUUGCAAAAGAUAUUCUUCAGUCUCGAGGUCCAAUGAUGGGGUUUUCACCAGAUAUGAAUAUGUCUCAUCCCCAGCUACAUCCAUCUCCACUGGGAUUGAUCCAAGCAGGACUCCCUGGCAUGGGAAACCCCUCAGAUGCACUUAGGAGAACAAUUAAUUCACAAUUGACAGCCAUGAAUGGAGGGUACAAGGAACCUACCACUCAGCUACACAACGAAUGGGAUGACGAGCUCCACAAUGUUGUCCAGAUGAGCUUUGGUACCAGUUCCCCUUUCAGUAGUCAAGAUUUAAAUGGUUCUCUACCACCAGGACAUAUGAAAGUUGAACUUUGAUUGGUAAAUUUCAAGCAGAUGAAAGUUCUGUCAAAUUCUGAGGCGAUAAGAAGUUAAAAUCAUUAGGGCUGAUAAAAAAAAAUACACUAUCAUCCAUAUCUCCACCGAAAGAUCCAUUAGUAGCAAGUUAAUAUUGACUCUGGAACCAAGGCCAAGGGUUACAUUUGUUGUAUAGCAGUAGGGAAAGCAACUCUACCUUAAAGCUUCUUGGGUGUAUUAUAUAGCAAAAAGUAUGUCCUUAUUUCAGUUGUAACCAUAGGUGCAGAAUCCUUUGUAUAUGGAGAUGAGAGUUGCCCAUUAUGGAGAGGGGAUUGAGAAGUUGAAUUUGCUGUAAAAUAAAUGUUCGGAAGCUUCGGAGAGAUUUUGUGGAAGAAGGUCAAUAGGGUUGUUUCUCAUUG